AUGCGUGGGGCUGUGAUCACCACAUGCUGGGGCCCGCAUUCUCUUUGUGAAGAGAAGCUGCUCUCCACCUUCCUCUCUGAGCCUUGGGAUUUCCUCAGAGCUUCUGGAUCCAGCUAUCAAAUCAUAGAAGGUCCCAAGAACGCAACGGUGCUGGAGGGCACAGAGGCUCGCUUCAACUGCACCAUCUCGCAGGGCUGGAGGCUCAUCAUGUGGGCUCUGAAUGACACGGUGGUGCUGAGCAUCACACCCACGGAGCCCAUCAUCACCAACGACCGCUUUACCUCUGCCAGUUAUGAAGAGGGCAGCAACUCCAUCUCUGAGAUGAUAAUCCAUGACGUGCAGCUCCAGGAUGCCGGGCGUAUUAAGUGCAGCCUCCAGAACAGUGACCGGGAUGCCUCUGCUUUCCUUUCCGUCCAAGUUAUGGGGGAGUUGCUCAUUCCCAGAGGCAACCUUAUAGUCCCUGAGGAUAAGCCCUAUAAUGUGACUUGCCAUGCAUUGGGCUGGAUCCCUCUCCCGGGUAUUUCCUGGGAGAUCGGUGUUCCGGUGAGCCACUCAAGCUGUUAUUCUGGUCUGGAGCCUGACGACCUCCAAAGCGCAGUGAGCAUCUUGACUCUCACACCACAGGGCAAUGGGACUCUGACUUGCCUGGCUAACAUGAAGGGCCUGAAUGCCCACAAGUCUGUAACUGUGAAUCUUACUGUGGUUCAGCCUUCUUGGGUUCAGAACAAAGCUAUAGCCAGAGCAAGACUGUUGAAGAACAAGAAGAAAAAGAAGAAGAAGAGGAAGAAGGAGGAGGAGGAGGAGGAGAAAGAGGAGGAGAAGAGGAAGAAGAGAGAGAAGAGGACAAAGGGGAAGAGGAAGAAGAAGAAGAAACAGUGUUUCACGGCAUUUGCCAAGUAA